CGACAUCCCAAAUCUAUACAUUUAUUUUAUCCUCCGGGUGAGAUCGCAGGGAGGCAUCUUCUAGUACCAAAUAGAGAUACCGUCCCACGAGCAAAACCAGAAAUGCAGGCACCCAUUAACAACCUAUCCAACCAUCAGAUCUAAUUGCGAACAACUCCCUAAAUCGAUCAACUCCCCUCAUGGGUAGUCCCUUCCUAUAGUCCGGACAACGAAUGCUUUCUCCAGCCGUCUGGUCUGGUUUUUGAACUCCUCUACCUCUUUAUAGCAAUCUAACGGUGUCCGGUCGCUAUCGCACUCCGUUAGCCCACCAUCCCAAUCCCUCCCUUUCCACUUCCCCAUAUCGUUCCCCCCCCCCCCCCAUCGUUUCGACGGUAAAGCUCAACUCACUUCCAUCUCAAGCACUUGACAACCUCCUCCCUCGCCCUCUCCACCUCGCCAUCAAUUUUGACCAUCCUAGGCAUAUGCUCCAACCUCUUCUUUAACGCAUCGAUCUCGGCCUGUACUUGCUCCCUACCCAGUCCCUUCGUAUCCCCAUUCUUAUCGUUCUCGGGGAGCUUACUCUCCAGGUCAACCAGAAACUGUGACUCCCGCGAUUUCAGACGUUGAAGUUCACUCUCGACGCGGGAUUGGACCUCUAUUUCUAACGACUUUUCACGGGUGCUGUUUGUCUGGUUGUUUAUGCCCGGGUAGGAAUUGCGUUAGCCCGUAGUGUUAAAUAGCCCUAUCGGGGGGCAAUGCGUGUAUAAGGUGAGGACGGGGAGGGAAAGGAAAAACCUCGCUGGAGGAUUGCAGCGCUUCGACGAGGUUGUUGGAGAAACGCACCGGAAUUUCGCUGCUGUUGGGUGACUCCGGAUUAGCAAUUCUCCCUUCUGUUUACCUACUACCAGUUUCCUUCACCGGAGAGGAUUGUAGAGGAGGAGGAGGAGAUUCUGUGCUUUUACCCAUCGAAGAUACGUUCGGCUGGCUUACUGUUGCCGGAACCCAUUGUAGUGGUAGUGGUUGAAAUGAGGUUUGACCUCGGUGGUCGCGAAAGUAAGAAAAAUAACCUUUCCUUCGGAACCUAGAAAUUCUGUGGGAUGAGAUGUUCUAUUAUAUGGGGUAAAUUCGGGUCUGAGCGUUGUUGGUGUGCACUUAAUUGCAAGUUGGUAGGGAAGGAGGCUCAAAUAAUGACAGGGUAAUGCUACCAGUAAGUUACCAUACUUGUAUCAUAAGUUACCUUUUUUUUUUAAUUCUCUCCCUGCCACUGUGGAACGCGGCUGCCCUCCAACUGACUUCUUUGUCACCCUCCCCUUCCUUCCCUCAGUCGCUCGUUACUUUGCCCCCUCCACAAAUCUACCACAAACACUUCACUUCCACCACUAAAGCAUGGAUCCCGAGAGAGAAAGCUCACGCCUCUGGCGUGCAUGGAGAACUGUUCACGAAAUGGCUAGAGAUAGGGUACACCUCCCCCUUUCUCUCCACCCACUAAAGCCGUGGCGGAGCGGACAAGUGAGCCAGGCUAACACAGCUACUAACUACCGCACCUAGGGAUAUGAAAUCUCCGAAGAAGAAAUCACAAUAACCCUCGAAGAGUUCCGCCACCAAUACUGCGAUGGCGAUGGUCGUCCAAUGUAGCCUUUUCAUCCCCUAACAAACAUACAGAACACUAACUCCCUGGCAGCCGCAAGAAUCUCACCUUCAAAGCCAACCCUAGUCCUGACAUGAUCAAGCAGCACACCCCGGCCCCCAAUCAGCCCGCCACCGUCGGCACCCUCUGGGUGGAGUUCAGUGCAGAAAGUAACAUUGGAAUCAAGCACAUGCGCGCCUUCGCGCACACCAUCAACAGCGAGAGCUUCCACACGGGCAUCUUCAUCUGCUCAAGCCACCCCACCCCCGCCGCCAUGAAGAUCGUCCCCACCGUGCUGCCGAGCGUCAUCGAAGUCUUUCUGGAGAGUGACUUGCUGGUCAACAUUACCAAGCACGAGUUGGUACCCAAACAUAUCCUCCUCAGCAGGGAGGAGAAGAAGAAGCUUCUCGAGAGGUAUAGACUCAAGGAGAGCCAGUUGCCGAGGAUCCAGGGUGCGGACCCGGUUGCUAGGUAUUAUGGGCUCAAGAGGGGGCACGUGGUUAAGAUUAUUCGGAAGAGCGAAACUAGCGGGCGCUAUGCUAGUUAUCGUCUCUGCAUGUAGCAACAUUCUGGGGGUGGGGGAAAAUGUACGAAAAGUGGGAUUGGCGUUGUCAUUUUUAAACCACGAUAAUGGGGUCCAGUUGAAUUUGCCCUUGCACACA